AUGUCGGUCUUUGUUACAGUUGGAUCCACAGGCUUUGAUGAACUCGUUGACGUUGUUACCACUGGAUCGUUCCUUUCAGCACUCAAAUCGCUUGGCUACUCUUCGCUUGUCAUUCAAUAUGGAUCAUCUGAGCAUGUCUACACGCGCAAUGUCAACCAGUUACCCAAUGGCAGCAUAAAGACAGAAGGAUACGCCUAUAAGCCUUCUAUUGAAGACGACAUGAAACAUGCUAGUCUUAUUAUUAGUCAUGCAGGAUCUGGAUCGAUGUUACAAGCCCUUCGUUUGCACAAGCGAUUGAUUGUUGUCAGCAAUACAUCAUUGAUGGAUAAUCACCAAGUCGAAUUAGCACAAGCGAUGCAGCAAAAGAAUUAUUGUUGUUGUAGUACUCCAAAUGGACUUGUGGAUGCUCUGAGUGAUGCAAGUACACGCGAAAUGGAACCCUUUCCCAGCCCCGCUGCAGAUGCCUUCACCAAUCUUCUGGAUCACCAUAUGGGUUUUCAUUAG